AUGCUGGCGCGUAGCUUACGAUGGCGUUACCUGGCAUCCCUAGCGGCCCAAUCCGCGGCCGCGUUCUCUCGUGAAAACGCGUGCUCGCCGCCCUUGUUGUGGAUCGAUGACGAGAAGGCGGCAAAGGAGGCCUACGAGGCACAUAUUCAAAGCCCUGAAUACAAAGAGCUGCAUCGCCCGGCCCUGACCACCUCCGAGAUGGGGCUCUUCGGUGGGGAACCCGGGUUUGAGAAGUCGUACCGGGUGUGGGUCGACCCGGAUCGACCACACAUGAAGCAUAUUUACAAUCAAACCGCACUGGCCAAGAACCUUCGCUAUUCACGCUAUGGCUAUUUCAAACGUGAUAUGCAUCUGUUGGAUGUGGAUAAGCUCAUUCGUCAUGCCCGGCUGCUUCCAACCCCGAGGCGCCUUUUGGGAGACUUUAUCUAUCAACGUGUUCCCCUUUCCGACAAGAGCUGCAGCGCCUUUAUUCGCUACCAACUUGAUCAAAUUCGGAUGAUGGCGGAGUGGGAACGGGUUAACAACUUCAUUUACGCGGAGGAGAUGUUCGAACGGAUGAUCGUCACAAAUAUUCCUCCUGUAGAAGUUGGGAUUGCGACUCAUGCGGAAAUGAUUCGCUGCUGUGCGGUAUGCCGAGACUGGAAUAAGGGUUGGAACGUUUACACACAGCGAGCGAGGGAAAUCGAGGCGGAAGAGACGAAUAACAAAUCCAACGUGUAUACUUUGGAUACCAACUUUUUUGAUUCCGUGUUGGAGCUGUGUGUGGCCUGUGAGAAGUUCGUGGAAGGCAUGCAAGUGAUAGAGGAGUCUAUCCAACGCCACCUGAAACCAAGGGCUAGCAUGCUCGAAAAGACAAUGUUACUGACUGCCAUCGCCACGGAGCGGCUUGACCCGAUAUUUUCCUCAAACCACCCCGAGACCCAUCCACCGAGUGGAGAGGACUGGCAAGAUGAGCUCAGUGGGUAUGCCCAGCGAGGCCUCGAUGCGUGGGCUCUGUACGACUUUUACAGAAUCCAACGCCCCACCGAAAGUGUCGAGGCGUACAUUCGUAUGGUCAGCAUGCUGCACAAACCGGCGCAGGUGCUGGAGGCUCUUGGGAUGGCCGACGCGGCGCAAAUCCAUCUUUCAUUACCCUGCUACUAUUGGGCUUUUUACGCCAUUCGUUCCAUGCCCGACUUCGGUGGUUUCAUUAUGGAUGUCAUUGGACAGCUUGCGCUGCGCGGCCUCACACCUGACUAUCUUACUUUCACUACCAUCUUUAUGUAUUGUGCCGUACAGCAUGAUGGCGAGUUAGCACUUUCUAUUUACCAACAGUUCGUACAUGAAAAUAUAAACCCCACCCCGGAGAUGGUGCUUUUAUUUGAGCAGGCUUGCGUCCGGUGUAAGGAGCCACGUAUAGAAAUGCUCUUAGCGGCUGAGGCAUUCAUUGAACGUCUAGAGGCGGUGGGGAGCUCUGUGGAUCAUAUUUCCAAGAUAUACGAUCAGUACAUGGACCUCGCUGCUCACGUGGGCGCUGUUGGUUCUGCAUUUAGUAAAUUGAAAAAGUUGAUGAGCUAUGGGAAAGAAUUGUCAACCCGACAGAUGAAUUCUCUAUUGCUUGCCAACAGCAACGCAAGCCCGCCAACAGGCGGGGCUUCCAUGACGGAUGAAAUUGUUAAUCUCUUCAAUCUUCUGAAUAUUGCCGCAAACGACGACACGGUGCGCUUCUUGAAUCUUUGUCAGGAGGCUUUUGGGACCUCCGAGGUGGUUAACACCUUACUGGAGCGAAUAGAGGAGGAACGUCGUCAAAGCCCCGGGAUGACAUUGGGUAGCGAUGAGGAUAUCCCCCUUCGAGAGGAUCCACCGCACAGACUCCGGCACUUGGCCACGGAGUGGCGAAUUCGCCCCCGCGAUACGGUUUUAAAGCGUUAUGGGCAAAUGUCCCGUCAUGGUCGGGGGACGGAUGUCGGAAGAAUGAUUGGCAGUACCAUCCCCUUCGGUCGUUAUCCUGGUGAAAGGGUGGUUCGUUAA